AUAAAGCAGUUUCGAUUGCAGUUGGAAAAUUUACGUUCGUAGUCUAGAAAUCGAACAAAGUAUGAUCUCGCGUGUUGAGUGACAUUUCUGACGUAAUCUGACGAAAGGGACGAUGGGACAGAGAGCUUCCUUCCCAAAUUGGAUCUGAGUGAUAACGCUGCAAGGGUUAGGGUGGGGAGUAUUGGGACUCGACUGGCUUCUGCAGGAGGGCGCUCGUCAACCGCAUGAUGACGUUUCCUCACAUUUUUCACAGAUCGAAGAAGGAUCACAAGCACGAGCACUUCAACCCCUUUUCUUCGCACCACGCAAGUUCCGAGUCUUCCGAGGGAGGGUCUUCCCAUGGGUCGGAUCGAUCUUCGCACUCUUCGCACCACAACCCCUUUUCUUUGUUCCACGCAAAGUCCGAGUCUUCCGAGAGAGGGUCUUCCCAUGGGUCGGAUCGAUCUUCGCACUCUUCACACCACAACCCCUUUUCUUUGUUCCACGCAAAGUCCGUGUCUUCCGAGGGAGGGUCUUCCCAUGCGUCGAAUCGAUCUUCGCACUCUUCGCGCUCUUCGGAGUCGAGUUUACGUUCAGGCGAAUCUACACACCGAACCGGGACGAAGUCCAGAGUCCCAGUGCAGGCAGUGAUCGAGACUGAGGAGGCGGGCAUCCAUGAAGCCUUCAGUAUUAUCGACAAAGACAACGACGGGAAGAUCUCUAAGCAGGAGUUGGGAGAAAUGUGGAAAGGAAUGGGCGAGGAGCUCUCGGAUCAGGAGCUGAGCAUUAUGGUACACGACGCUGACGCCGAUGGCGACGGCUCGAUCGACAUAGAUGAAUUCGUUACCCUCCAGAAAACCAUGGGAGUUGAGGAUCCGAAGGGACAUUCCAAAGACAUCAAAUUGGCUUUCGACCUCGCCGACGUCGAUAGGAGUGGUUAUAUUUCUGCCAUAGAGUUGCGGAGUGUGAUGAAGACACUGGGCCAGAAAAGGAUCACGAUCGAGGAAUGUAGGGAGAUGACCAAGCUCGUAGACAGCGAUUGCGACGGGAAGAUCAGUUUUGAGGAGUUCGAGAAAUUGAUGAAAUCCAGCGCUUUUCAGCAUGAACGUCUAAUGUGAUCGAUGAGAGUCCCGGCAACCGGCAAAAAUGCUUCGGUGGCGAGCCAUGUUCGUCUGAUUGUGGCAAUGGAGAUUUCAUUUACUUCGAUUUCAGCUCUGAACGAGCCCAAUUUUGUUCCGUCCCAUCCCCACGACAUUGUCGAGCCAACAACAAUGGGGGCAAAGAGUUGCAAUGAAGAUUGUCAAUUUACGAAGAUCCUGAUGUUUUCAUAGCAUCUUCGUAUCGCAUGCGGCCACUUCAGCGCCGAUCGACUAUGCUGAUCUCGAGAAAAGUUCAGAAUGGACGUUGGCGAACCUUGAUGUUUCAUAAGUCACGCGGUCUCGACUGAGUAACAGGCGUGGACAACACCAGCAUCCAGACUCGACACCACGGUUUGCAGGCAUGUCGUCCCUCGAGAUUGCUCUUGUACAAGUAUCGUAUCCAUAGAUUUUUCCUCAGCUUGUGAUAAUUCCACUAUAAAGUCCAAAUAUUCAUUGUGGUGAUAGCAUACUGAUCGACUUCGUAUAUUGUAGACAGUGAAAAGUUCGUCUGUACAUUGUAAGUAUCUACUGUAAGUGUAAGGAACGUGAUAGAGUUGAGGAGAGCUGAGAGAAACUAAUAAUUGGACAUGGUAUGGGAGGAGUAGCCGACGUGUCGAAGAAGCAAGGAGACGAAUCACAUGUCAGCAUGGAGAGGAACUGCCGCUCCCGUGUGGACUACACGGCCAUGCCGCCUUCCUUUAGUAUACUUGACGAAAUUUCAAUGUACACUUAUACAGAAAAUAUAAUAUUCAGUUGUUAAAUUUUAGAACGUAGUAUCAGUUCAUCUCUGAAGAUCGAAUGAAAUUAAGAUUCCAGUACCCCUAUCUCUCUCUUCCUCUCUCUCUAUAGUCGAAGGAAUCCGGAUGAGCUGUCUGUGGAAUGGAUCUCUGUAUAUGUUGAACCCGAAUAUUUUGAACUUUUUAUGAAGCAAAAGGGGCAGCUUUUGUUGUAACUCUUUUCUGGACUGUGUUCUCUGCCGUCGGUUGGCUAUCCUUCGUUAAGCACCCCUUUCGAUUGUUCAAUAAUGUAAUAAAUAAUUGCGGACUAAUCGGAAACCGAGGAUACACAUGUUUUUUAAAAUGAAACCCUGUAGCUAAAAAAACGUAGAACCAUAAGUUCCAUCGAAAAUAGUGAAAGGGUACUCUAUAUAUUCGAUUCCUUGAAACCCAGUAUAGACUAGAGCCAGGAAUAUGGUAGCUAUUAAAGCGUAAACUGCUUUUUGCUUUAAACCUGCGAGUGUAGCAUGACAAGCCCAAGUUACCAGCUCGAGUUUACUCCUUGAUGUGACUCAUCAUACUCUUUCAAGUCCGUGCAUGUAUUUUUGUUUUCGGAUCAGAUGCAAUCAAAUCGUAGGUACUAUGCAUCAAAAUCCAUUAUCAUUCUCAAUACAAUAGUCUGGGAAAUGAUAUUUAAGAGAUAACAUGAUGACUAGGAUAUAUAGAGAAUAUUUCCAUGUACUAUUACUUUUUCCAAAUGAUUUUUUCUCAUUCAGCUUAUAGUUUACAUUUUUCUUUUAUAUUAAAAUUUUCUUCCUGAAAAAGUUGUACUUUUUGACCCUUUAGUGAUCAAUACUGAUUAUUUUUUUUUACCUAAUAUAGAU